AUUGCUGACUUGUUUUCCAGUCCUGACGAAGGCAAAUAAUGGGAAAGAGCAGCAAGAAAACUGCAUUUCGAAUAAAUUCCUAGAAUAUGCUCAUAACAAAAGCAUUAAUUUGCCUUUCUUUUUAAUGAAAGAUCUCCUAAGUGGAAGGACAAGUCACCAGGCAAGUGGAGAAGCAAGUCCCCCAAGUAUCACAGAAGCAGAAGUAGAAGCCCACACCACACAGAAGCUAGAGUGAAACAGGAGAGAAGUGAUUACCACAAGGAUGAUUCUUACAGAAUGAAAGAUGAAAGGCGAAACAGAGAACGUACUGAUACACAACAUAAGCGAGAGAGAAAUGGAUACAGGGAACAAUCUGGUAACAUGGAUAGUCACUAUGAAAGGGGGACCUCUUCUGGUGGUCGAGGGAGGAAGGGAGAUGCUCAGAAUUUCCGUGAACAGAGGGAAGACCGAGAAUACUAUGAUGACCAACGUCGUCGAAACCGCAGAAAAGCUGAACUGCGUAAUGAUGGUGAAAACCAGAAUUCUGACAAGUCACAUGAGAAGGCAAACAAGGGCAAAGAAGGUGAAAAAGAAAAGCCAAAUUUUCAGCUGUCUGGUGCAUUAGUGGAAGAUACAAAUACGUUUCGUGGAGUGGUAAUCAAGUAUAAUGAACCCCCAGAAUCUCGUAUUCCAAAGAAAAGGUGGCGACUUUACCCUUUUAAAAAUGACACACCCCUUCCCGUUAUGUACAUUCACAGACAAAGUGCAUAUCUUUUGGGCAGGCAGCGCAAGAUAGCAGAUAUCCCCAUUGACCACCCUUCGUGCUCUAAGCAGCAUGCUGUUCUCCAGUACAGGCUUGUAGAAUACACACGUGCUGAUGGUGCAGCUGGUCGAAGAGUAAAACCAUACAUAAUUGACCUGGGCUCUGCUAAUGGCACAUUCUUGAACAAUCAACGUGUUGAGCCCCAGCGCUUCUAUGAACUGAAAGAAAAGGAUGUGCUUAAAUUUGGAUUUAGCAGCAGAGAAUAUGUCGUCCUACAUGAGUCUUCUGACACAUCGGAGGUGGAUGGAGCAGAUGAGGAAGAUGAUGAAGGCAUUGACAGUUAGCAUUUUUUCAGCAGAACACAGGAUGAAGAUUAACAUUUUUUAAUUUAAUUUGCAUUUGAACUAAGCUUAAAUGGAUAGCCCAGUAUUGUACAUACAGAUCCUUUCAAAAGCAUUUUGAUACAAUUGCUUUGUAAUCUGUAGAUAAAAAUAGAUUGGUACUUGUAGACAGAGAGCCUUUCAACUUGGUGAAAAAGAGAAAAAAAGGGACUCGUUUCUUUAAAAGGCGUGUGUUCACUAGAUUUUAAAUGAGUGUAACAAAUGUGUUAUAUGGACACUUGUUUCAGUACCAUUAAAUUUGUUUUGGGGGUCAAAGGCUAGCAAGACAAUUUUGUACAGUUUCAGUGCAUUAAACAUUUUAGUAUUUUCUGAAUGGAUAAUACUUUUUCUGUAAAUAUGGUGCAUCUCUUUACAUCAUCUUUGUGAACAUAGUUUGCUUUGUGAUCUUUUUAAAGAAAUGGGGCAUUAAAAUGACAACCUAGAUAAUGUUUCCUGUUUAACUUAAGCUACCAGCAUUGUUUGACACCUCUAGUGGUAAUAUUCAGGAAUCUGUCUUCAUGUUAUAGCCCUUUUAUGUAUAACCCAAAUCCCUAUUUAUUUCUGAUAUCUUAAUAUAUAUUUUGUAAUACAGACUUAUUUUAAACCCAUGAAGGUGUUUAAUGCAUAGUAAUCAGUGCCAUCCGCUGUGAAAAUGUCUGUUUAAAACUUUAGUAUUUUUUUAAUUUUCUGAUGCGUUGUCCUAUAAGUACCCAACAUACUAUAUGUACUUCUGUUUUAUAAAGUUACAAGUAUUUUAAAUACUACUGCCUUAUUUGAGUACUUUCCAUGCUGAACACCUUUUCGAAAUAGUGAAUAUUCUAAGCCCAAAAUGUUCACUUCUUGAUUACUGUGACAUCACAAGUAUGCAUAGUAAAGCUUCCUUUAAAAUCUGAAA